CUGGUGGUGGUGAGGAUAUAAUAUGAAAAGUAGCGCGACGCCGAAGAGCUCCGGAAACCCAGUUUUCCCGGUCAAUUGAACGAAAAUGUGUUCGAGUGAGGUGAAAUUUUGGAACUAUGUUAAUAAACACCACGUAACUUAGAAGUAAUUGUUUUAAAAAUAUUCUACCCCCGAUUUCCUGUUACAAUGUCAAAAAGAUGAUAAAAAUUAAUAGUCGAAAAAUGACCACUACAAAAAUGAAUUUAAUCGUUGUUCUUUUAUUUUUGGUCAUCUUCAAUUUCGAAUUUUGCAUUUUACAAAAACCGAACGUUGACGCCAGACGUCACGACGUCUACAUAGCCGGAUUUUUUCCUUUUGGCAAAGGGGUGGAAAACUCCGAAACAGUUUUAGAUUAUUUUAUAGGACGAGGCGUGAUGCCCAGUGUCAAGCUGGCUCUAGACCAUGUCAAUGAGCAUUCGCAAAUUCUUAGGAAUUAUCGGCUUCACAUGUGGUGGAAUGAUACUAUGUGUAAUGCCGCUGUAGGUGUUAAAGCCUUCUUCGACAUGAUGCACAGCGGUCCACACAAACUGAUGUUAUUUGGUGCUGCAUGCACUCACGUGACUGAUCCUAUUGCGAAGGCUUCCAAACAUUGGCAUCUAACACAGCUUUCUUACGCCGACACUCACCCGAUGUUCACCAAAGAGAACUUUCCAAAUUUCUUUAGAAUAGUACCAUCGGAAAACGCAUUCAAUUCACCACGACUUUCACUUUUGAAAGAAUUUAAUUGGACUCGAGUUGGGACUAUUUAUCAAAACGAGCCUAGAUAUUCGCUAGCUCAUAAUAGGUUAGUAGCUGAGCUAGAUAUGUUGGGCUAUCAAGUAGUAGAAACUCAAAGUUUUGUUCACGAAGUUACAACGGCUUUAAUGAAGCUCAAGGAAAAAGAUACUCGGAUUAUUUUAGGUAAUUUUAACGAAAAAUGGGCGAAACAAAUCUUCUGCGAAGCGUACAAACUCGAAAUGUACGGUAGAAAGUACCAGUGGCUCAUAAUGGGCACUUACAGUUACGAAUGGUGGAAAAAAUACGACGACUACGUAAAUUGCACCCUAGACGAGUUGGAAACUUCUCUGGAACAAAUCGUUUUAACCGAUUUGCUCCCACUGAGCACUAGUGGCGAGAUAACAAUCUCAGGAAUUACUGCAGACGAAUACAAAAUCGAAUACGACUCUAGAAGAGGAAAUGAAUAUUCCCGUUUUCACGGUUACACAUACGACGGAAUUUGGGCUGUGGCUUUAGCUAUACAAAAUGUAGCUCAUAAAAUUAAAUAUUUCCGCAGAAACCAAACAGUUACCGACUUUCGCUAUAGAGACCCAUUAUGGGAAAGCUUGUUCUUAGAUGCUCUAAAUAAUACUAGCUUUGAAGGUGUUACCGGUCCAGUAAGAUUCUAUGACAACGAACGCAAAGCCAGUAUUUUACUGAAACAAUUUCAAGACGGUCAAGAAGUCAAAGUGGGUGAAUAUAGUGCUGCCAUACAACAUUUAGAUUUGACACUAGGAGUACCUUUGAAGUGGACUGGAAAAUAUCCUCCCAAAGACAGGACUGUGCUGAUUAUAGAGCAUACUAGAGUCAAUAAAUCGGUUUAUGCUAUAUUAGCUACUCUAGCUAUUUUGGGUAUAUUUAUUGCUGCGUUCUUCUUGGCCUUUAAUAUCAAGUAUAGGAAUCAAAGAUAUAUUAAAAUGUCCAGUCCUCAAUUAAACAACCUUAUUAUUAUUGGAUGUAUGAUUACUUAUACAAGUAUUAUAUUUUUGGGAUUAGAUUCUGGAUUAUCAAGCAUCGAGGCCUUUCCAUAUAUAUGCACUGCCAGAGCUUGGACGCUGAUGGCUGGUUUUUCUCUGGCCUUCGGUUCAAUGUUUAGUAAAACAUGGAGAGUCCACUCAAUAUUCACUGACGUAAAGCUCAAUAAAAAAGUAAUAAAAGAUUAUCAAUUAUUUAUGGUGGUGGGAGUGCUCUUGUGUAUUGACGUUGUGAUUAUGACUACUUGGCAAGUUGCCGAUCCUUUUUAUAGGGAAACAAAAAGAGGGGAACCUUAUCCUCACCCGUCUAAUGAAGACGAAAUAAUCAUUCCAGAAAACGAAUAUUGUACUUCUAGCCGCAUGACGAUAUUUAUUUCAUCUAUUUAUGUUUAUAAAGGACUUUUAAUGAUAUUUGGAGCUUUCUUAGCUUGGGAGACUCGUCACGUAUCCAUACCAGCACUAAACGACUCAAGAUACGUUGGUUUUUCAGUUUACAACGUUGUGAUCAUGUGCAUUCUGGGUGCUGCAGUUGCACUAGCCCUGGUAGAUCAUCAAGACGAAAUGUUUUUACUUAUAAGUUCUUUCAUUAUAUUUUGUACCACGAUUACGUUAUGCCUUGUGUUUGUUCCUAAAAUGUUGGAACUCCGUAAAGAUGCCGGUGGUAGUGUGGAUAAAAGGAUUCGGGCCACGUUGAGACCUAUUGGGUCUAAAACCAGACGAGACUCCAGCAUGUCAGAAAUAGAGACGAAAAUGAAGGACUUGAAGGAAUUGAAUACGAAGUAUAAGAAAACUUUGUUGGACAGGGAAAGUGAAUUACAGAUGCUGAUAAGACAACUAGGAAACGAAGCCAAAGACAUCCUAGAACAAAAAACCGAAGACUCUAUGACAGAAACAAAUCGUUUAUCCGUGCCUCUAUUAAGAAGAGAAAUGCCAAGUGCCACCGAAACUAGCGAUCUCACGUCACUGUGCAGCCUUAGUUCGCAAGCCGAUUAUACCUCCUUACAUCAUUCUGAUAGUCAGAAAAAGAAGAAACAGCUACCAGCCAAUGAAAUAUCUCCAAAGAAAACUCAUAGUCCUCCCAAACCCAAAGAAGAAGAUCAAUAUAAACUACAAUCAACAACGUUGAAACAACAGUCUCAACAACAAGCCAAUGGAAGUGUUUCUAAAACUGCCAGCACUGUCAAAGUCGACAGUAACAUUAAAGUGGAUAAUACUCUUCAAAAAGAAAGCAAUAUAAAAGUGGAUAGCAAUUAUAAUAGCGUUAAGGAACCCAAUAAAGUAGUAUCAAUCGCUGAAAAGAUUGAGAUACAAAGAUGCGAUACCCAAAUAAAGUAUUUUCCAAGUCAGCAACUGAUUGAAAAAGAAAAGGAUUCCACAUUGAAACGGCAGGAGAGAAAAACGCCAACACAUGAACGAAGAGCGUCUAGAACUGUUGGAGCUGUAGACUCCUUAGAGGUUCAAGAAAAAAGGCGAAGUAGCAUAAAGAAUACUGGAAAUAUUGUUGAAGAGGACAUUAUUAAAGAAGUACCAUGCCAUAGACGUACGAGUAUUCAACCUAAUGCACGAGGCACUCCGAAGAAAAAAUCCGAGUGUGGCACUCAUGUAGUAGCUAAAAGUGAACUUUGGGACACCGGUAGUCAGCAUAGAUGUCAAAAGGCACAUCAAAAAAGUAGCAGAGUUAGUAUAUCGCAACCAGACGAAGAUGAAGCUCAUAUACAUCGUACGACCUCCGAACGAAACCGACACGGUUCUCAAAAAGAGAAACGCGAAAAAUCGCCAUCAAAAACUACCACGCCUCCACCGCCUCCUGAUAAUAAUUUAAGUAACUUGCAAUGUCAAAAAUUGGGUUAUUUUACCAGUACGCCCAAUGUGGCAGCGGCCCUUAAGUCCAGCACCCAUCCACCUAAAAGGGAUAAGUCAAUGUACAAUGCUACUUCUGAAGGGGAGCUAUUGGAUAGGGAGAUAUUGCCCAUUUUUCAAAAACUAUUAACGGAAAGGAAUAAGAGUCAACAUAAUAUAGAUCUUUCCUUUGGACGGUCGUGUCCUAAUAUAAGUAUUAAGUGUGAUAUAGUCGAGUAUUUAUAAAUUAAAAGACUCAUUCUAAAGGGAAUAUGCUGUUGCCCCAAGUUUCUUAUGAAGCUUUACUUUAACUAGAAAAUAUUUGUUUUAUAUUUAGUUAGUAUAAUCCAAUGACUUAAAAUCCCGAUAACAAUGGGCUGCCUUUAAUUUAAAUGAAACAAUACCAGGGUGGACCAUUCAGUUUUUCCAUAAAGCAAGCUUAGAUGGCUCUUAGACUCUGAUGAAGUCAGAGGUAAUUUUAGAUGGUCCACAAAGUUUAUUAAUUAGAACGAACUCAAUUCUUUAUUUUCUAUUAAGAAUGUUCCCCUUUAAUCUAUAUUGUACUCAGAUAAGAACUUUUUUAAAUAGAAAAUUUUGAUAUUAGAUGAUAGAGAAGUAAGGACAUACGCAGAUUAUUCUACAGGGUUCAGCAAGUAUAGGUAGGCAAAAGUUAAUUUAAUUUAAACAGAGAAAACCAAGUUUUUGUUCCUCGAUAAAAUCAUUCGACAAUCUGAUGUUACUAUUUUGAAUUUUUACUAUUAAUUUAAAGGAAUCUGUAAGUGCAGACACAGUUAAUGUUCAAUUAAUUAUUACUAAAUUAUAAUACCACUUCUACAAGUUGAUAACCAUUUAACAAGGAAUCAUUUUUUAUUUUCAAAUUAUGUACUUAAUACCUAAUCGAGUGAAUAUAAGUUUUAAAACUGAUAAAACGUUGAGAAUAAAAUGUUAUAAUUUGCUUGCUUUUAGCAAUGUGUUGUGUUUUCAUCCAUUUUUUAUGAUGAAAUUUGCUGUUUUGUUAUUAUGUACAAUUAAAAAUUUCUAAAUUUUAACUUAUUGUUAGGGUUAGGCAUAAGUACGAGAGAAAAAACCUGUGAAUAAAUAAAAGUUAUAUAAAAAAAAUGUUUUUGAUAUUUCGCCCACAUUUUACCAUGGAACAAGAGAAAUAUUUGAGGGAAAAUUAUGUGAUUUGUAUAUUUGGUUUAUAGAAUGUAGUUUAAUUAAGAUGCAGGAAAGUGAUGAGUCCUCCUGUUAGUCCUCAACCUUGAAUUGGAAAAGGUGAAUUUCUUUGGACACAAAAAAUUAAGACCUGAACCCAUUUGAUUUUUAUUUUUGAGAACUUUAGUCGUUAGUCUAUUAGUUAACACUAGUGAGCGGUAAAAAUAAACCGAUGAGACUAUUGUAUUGAGUCAAUUACUAUCCUAGCACUGUUAAAAUGUAAUGUCUAUUUAUACAUAUAUUAAUUGCUAUAGUGCACAAAUGAUCUUGUCUAUUCAGCCAUUUCACUGUCCAGGCUGUUUUUAAAUAGGAACAGGUUGACUUAAGAAGCACUUACAGUGUCUCAACCGAGUCGAAUCCAAUUAAAGACUACUCGAUUGGAUAACAAAUACCUAUGCAAAAGCCUGGCACAUCUUUCCUUACAGAGUUUCUUAUUAUACCCCUUAGAUGCUGGCUUUCACUAAACUCAAACACACUCAAUUGGCACUUAUAAUGUCCACUAAUUAUAUUGAAUGUCUCCACUAUAUCCCCACGCGUUUGUCGCUCAUAAAGUGUAAGAAGGUUCAGCCCCUGCAAUCUUUGUUGGUAUGGAAAGUCACAAAGAGCUGAGGGAAUUUUUGUUGCUCUGCGUUGGACUUUUCUAAGGGCUUCAAUGCCUUUGACAUAAUAAGGACUCCAUAUGCUUUGGGCAUACUCCAGCCUGGGUCUUUUGUAAGCCUUGUACAGCUUUACAAACAUUUGAUAUAUCAGAUAUUCAAGUGCCAGAAAUCAGUUACCUACAUGUUGGAGUUUGACUUUUUUAUGAUGCCACUGAUAUGGUUUUUCCCGAGGUUUUUCCAUGUCUUCAAUAACAACAAUUCCAAAAUCAUUUUGUUCAGCAACACAGAUUACCUGGGUAGAUCCAAUGAAGUAUUGCAUCCUGCGGUUGUUUUUGCUCAGGUAGAGAAUUGAACACUUGGAGUCAUUCAGUGACAUUUGCCAGGUGGUUUUCCACUAUUUGAUGACAUCUAUUUCCCCCUGGGCGGCUUUCAUUCUGCGUUACAGGAUUACUAUAACAACUAACUUUCAAACUUUCAUUCACAAAUAACGACAUUUGACUCCUCAAUCCAUUUGGCAGGUCACUUAUGUAUACAAAGAAGAGUAGAGUGCCAAGGACUGAGCCUUGGGGAUCCUGACACAGAACUGUCGAUCCUGUAGAAAAUCUUGGAUUAGGUUGAGUAGAAGUCCUCUCGAGAGUCGUCUUAUACCAUAUUGGAGUAUAUGAAGAAGCCGCCUAAAUGGUACCUUGUCAAAAUCCAGGUAAAAUACAUCAACAGACAGGCCAGAGUCAUCUGCCCUUGUCAGUCAUGAACCGAGUCAUGAACCUUGGUAAGCAGGUUCGUGAAAGAGGACCUUCCAGGAAGGAACCAGUGUUGGGAAGGUGGGAUGAUGCCAUUUCUGAACAAAAAUCCAGUCUGUAGUUUUCAGACAGGUGUUUGUUGCCUUUCUUGUAAAUAGCCACUACAAUUGCAUUCUUCCAUUCCCUUGGUAGUUUGCCUUGCCUAAAAAGAUUGAUGAUCAUGGCUGGGAGGGGAUGUAACAGAACUGUAGCACACUUGUUCAGGAAGAUGGCAGGGAUUUUAUCCUUUCCUGGACUAGAAUCUGGCUUCAGUGCAAUAUCCAAUUUCUCAGGUGUGAAAGUUACAAUUUCAAGUGAAUUAGCACAGAAUGUAUCAGGGUCCAAGUUGGGCAUAUGGCUUAAAUCUUCUCUGGUAAAACCACUCUGAAACUGUGUGGCAGAUUGGCAAAUUCUUUCUCAUCAUUAAGUAUUAAGGGUAUUGAAUGCGCCGUUUAAAAUAUAUUGUAACGCACAUCAAACUAUACGACUACCCAACAAGUUAAUACUAAUAAAGAUGCGAGGUUCAUCGCGAUUAUUGCAUUGGGCUACUGUUGGGCCGGUUGGCGCUGGAUCCUUCAUGAUAGCGAUUUAAAAUUUAUCGCAAAACAGGCGGAGGAAAGAGCCAUAAGGUUUGCUGCGGGUAUAACAGAGACAGGCAAAAUGACGAGAGGAAUUAAUUAAAUUUCUACAAAAAAAAAACUAGAUAAUUUUUGGGAUUCUGGUUUGUGCUAUUGUAUUGCUAAAACACAUAAGAUUGGCGCUAAAUAAAAAAGACACCAUAAAUUGAUUAAUUUUCUCGUUUUUUUUCCAGUUUGAAUUACAUUUUUGUAAUUUUUCGAGAACUCGUUUCUAGUACCGGAUUUCUAAAAAGAUAGCGCCAUUCGUCCCUAUAUUAUAAAUCGAAUGCAAAAAAGAAAUUUGAUAUAACUUCAACUGCUAAAAAGUUAUGUUGAAAUUAAGAACGCAAUGCAUUCCUUGUUUCAUUCAUCUCAUUCCCACUAAGAAGUAUUAAUAGGGGAGGAAGAAUACAA